CUUCCCGACACUUAUUAUCGAGAAAAAAUAAUGUACGUUCUAGAUGUAACUGAGGAUAAUUACUGUGCGUGUUCUACUGGGAUAAUUUUAAUGAAGGCGAAUAAUUUUUACGGUGCUUAUUUUAGGGAUGUAUAGUGGUAAUACUUCUUGUGUUUUAAUCAAAUUGGAAAAACUAAAAAUCCUUAAUUAUUUGUUGAAUGUGCAUUUGCCGUAAAUAUGAAAUCUGUGUUGCUACAGUUACUAUUUCUUACUUUACUUUUACACGGAUCAUUCCAAUAUAAUACCUACCCGAGACGGUAUGUCCGAGAUCAUAGUGCUCAUCUGGAGGCCUGUCCUUUACACUGCCGGUGUAUGGACCUAAAUCAAAGGUCUGCUAGAGGAUUAUUUGAUUCCUGGAAUGUAGAUCAGUCGUGGCAAAAUACGGAACCGGACGAGACUGGACGAUCCGUGGUAUGUCAGGGACUAAGAGAGCUUCCCGCACGGAUACCCUCAGAUGCUACAAAGCUCACUGUGUAUGGAGACAGCAGCAGUAUGAGAUCACGUGGUACGCGUCAUACGGACCGCCAUCUUAUCUCCGAAACUCAGAUUCAGUACAUCAACAGAAAUGUAUUUCGGGACAGCGUGGCAGUCAAAGAAAUUAUAAUGUCGGGAAAUAACAUUGCUAUAAUGUUUCCGUCAGCGUUUCACUACCUCCGAAGUCUCCAAAUCUUGUCUUUAACAAACAAUAAUAUACGCCAUCUAUCCGCAGCUGUUUUUAAUGGACUUGGGAAUCUGCAAGAAUUACGAUUGUCUGACAACAUGAUAAAGUUCUUACCCUAUACGGUAUUUACGUACCUUACUGAACUUAAAUCUUUAUAUCUAAAUGGGAACAAAAUAAAAAUGUUACCAAGAGACGUGUUGAAACCACUCGUAAAUCUAGAGGUACUUGAUCUGUCCCGUAACAAUAUAUCAGACUUUUACGAUGCAACGUUUGAUCACAACGUAAACUUACAAGAACUUCUACUAAAUGGAAAUAGACUUUGGAAAAUUAGACCGAGAUGGUUUCAAAACCUUUAUUCACUUCGAAGUCUUUCAUUGAGAGGAAAUGCCAUUAUUCAUGUUCCAGCUAAGUCCUUUGCUAAUUUGUUUAAUCUUGAAGAAUUACUUCUAUCCGCAAAUCACAUUGAAGAUAUAGAAAACGGUGCUUUCAAUAAUUUACGGGAUGUAAAAAGCUUAGAUUUAUCUACAAAUGAUCUUUCUGAAAUCCGCUCGUCCUAUUUGAAUGAUCUCGAUUCUCUUUCUGAGUUAUUUUUAUCCAAUAAUAAAGUGGUACAGAUUAAGAAUGGAACAUUUGAUUUUAUUCGCUAUUUGAAAAAGUUAGAUUUAUCCCGGAAUGAUAUAAGCAUCAUUGAAACAGGAUCAUUCUCAUCAAUGAGACAACUUCAAAUCUUAGAUUUAUCGUAUAAUAAAAUGUUGAAAUUUAAAAAGGGAAUCGCAUACGGAAUUGAGAAUCUGGAGGAAAUACAUCUGGAUAAUAACUUCAUAAGCGGGAUAGAUGAUGGCGCAUUUAUGACUUCUAAUGUGGAAAGAUUGUCCAAAAUGAAACUUUUGAAUCUGGAACAAAAUAAUAUAAAAAAGAUAGAUGCUAAAACAUUAAAAGGUAUGCCUAGACUGAACACUCUGAGGCUUGGAAACAAUAACAUAAGGAAAAUUCAUCCUCAAGCCAUGGCAACGUUUAUAUACCUCGAAACGUUAACAUUGAACAAUAAUAAGUUAAGAGAUCUUAACAAUGGUAUGUUUUCAAAUCUACAAAAUGUCUACUCGAUAGAUAUAUCUAACAAUAAAAUAAGAUCUAUCAGUGAAAAUACAUUUCUUGGGUUGGAUAAAUUAGAAGAUCUUCUAAUGGCAGGAAACAAGGUUAACUCUAUAAAUAAACUUGCAUUUCGAGCACUCCCUAGUUUGAGUUCGCUGGAUUUAAAAGAAAAUAAACUAGUUAGUUUUAAUUUCUCAUUUGUAACAAAUAUGGCACAGUUAACAGUAAUGGAUCUGAGUAAAAAUCAUUUGUUUUGGAUUGAUAUACCACCAGGAGCGUAUCUACGACUUAAAGACUUGCUAUUGUCUAACAACAACUUACAGACCUUAAGUUCCAACAUCAAACACAUAAUGGGUCGUUCUUCUAUCCUAUCUUUGGACAAUAACCCAUGGGAUUGUGACUGUCAACUGAAAUGGGUAGUACAGCCAUUAAAGAAUGUCAGAUUAGAUACGUCAAAUGAUGCUAUGUGUAAAUCACCUCCUAAACUUCAUGGUACAAAGUUCUCGGAACUAGCCGAUGAAGAUAUGACUUGUAGCCAGAAAGUUAACGCCAGUCAUGACGUCACUCUGAUGUGUAAAGAUGGCGUGUUCAGUAAAAGACCGAUAGCUAGACGACGGUCAGUUGGGAAGGAAAUGAUGAAGAAACAUGUGACAGUCUUUAGAAACCGUGGCGAUUACGUUGUAGAUGGCGCUAUGUUGACCCCAGAUUGGGCAUUAGUACCUGCAGGUGCCCUUAGGUAUCUCACAGAUGCAGAUAUACACGUUAAAAUAGGACGUGGUAAAACGUCAUAUAAAAUAUCACACAUAGUGCAACACCCUUUACUGUCUCUCGGUAUGCAGCAGUUUAACAUUGCUCUUCUACGUCUUGUGAAAAAGAAAUCGUCUCCUGUAAUGGAACACCAGUGUAUUAUCGCUGAAAAACAAUUCAAAUCGCUUUCACAAGUUUUACCUGUCUUCUAUGUUUCAAUUCGACUGGAUGGGAAGAAACCGAAAACCAAAUUAAAAAUAAGAAAGGGUAAAGUGAAUCACAGAUGUGCUAACGACAAAGAUUAUAUCUGUGGUGUAUUAAAGGGGAAUAAAAACGAUGCUAUAACAUCAGUGGACGGAUCUCCACUCUAUAUAGGUCACUCUACUAACCUCCGACUCGCUGGCAUCGGGACACAUUCAUGGAGUAACCAAAAAAGUCAAUAUAUAUUCAUUCCUCUUUGGACUAUUUCGGACUGGGCUGAUGAUAUCAUGAUAGAAUUUAACGAAAAAUGUACAAAACAAAAAAGUGGGAAACUCAGCUGUGACGAACUAACAUUACCAUCCACAGACGAUCUUUUCAUGAAAAUACGUAAAACGGAACAGCACUGAACCCAAACUUCAUUAUUGAAUGCAAAUCUUUAAAAAUACUUGAUUAUAUCGGUAAGAAGGUUGUGAUUUAAAAUACAGUGAGGGAAAUAAUUCAAAUAUCCAGGAAAGGCAACUAGAUUAGCUGUCAUAAAAUGUUAAUGUUAGUAUCCACUCAAGUUCUUCAAUGAUAGCAAUCUCCACCCCAGCUUUCCCGUCGUGAUAGCAAUGAAUACACAUGAAUCUGUUAUAAUUGAGAUAAUGUUUGUCCUACUGUUGGUGCCAAAUUUGUAUAAGCAAAAUAUUGACAUUACUCAAAUAUGCUGAAGAUCUCGCCCGAAAAAAUACUUUCGAAAACAAUUUUUUUUUAAUUCUGCUCUUUGCCUUACAUGCAUACAAAAGGUAUUUGUACAUGUAUUAUAUAAUUAACGAUAUGCUUACCAAAACGGUGUGCACGUAUUACAUAUAAGUUUAUGGACACUAGUUUUUGAAAGAAUACUUAACAGCACAAAUAACAUAUAUAUAUAUGAGGCAUUUUGUGUAUUUAUGUUUGAUACAGUAAAGUUACUAGUCCUAUCUUGAUUAGACUAGCUAACAAUUUGGUGAGGACAAAAUAGAAACAGUAGAAGAGAGAGCAGUAAAACCGACGGCAUUGUAGGAGAAUACUACACAAGAUGUGAUAUGAGUGCCAAUGAGACAACUCUCCAUCCAUAUAAAGAUUUAUAAAAGUAAACCAUUAUAAGUCAAGAUACGGCCUUCAACACGGAGCCUUGGCUCGCAUCGAACAACAAGCUAUAAAGGGCCCCAAGUUACAAGACUAUUAGUUCCUUGGUAAUGUUUUAGUUAUUGAAUGAUAUUCUUGUAUAUACACACAAUGAAUAUCCUAUUGUUGUUGCUGUUUGCAUACCUACUGUUAAAUGAUUUAUGUUACUGUUUUAGAAAAAGAUUACCAUUAAAAAACCGCUACAUAAACAUGUAUGGAUAUAGGUAUUAUGUUGACGUAAUUUUAGUAUUGGAAUGUCAGAAAAGUCUACAGACAAAAAAGUAAUGUAGGCAAUUAACAUGUUGUGAAGUUGUUUGUCUGUCUUGUUUAAAGUAUAAAUAAUUCCCAUAAUCGUUCAAAUAUUAAAGCGGAAGUGUAUAAUGAUCUUUCUAGUCGCAGAUUUCGUUCGUCCUCUUGAAACAGUAUGUAACUUUUUAAGAAAUCAUCAGUUCCCAAUGGAUUCAAGUUGAUAUUUGCAUGCAAACAGAUAAUAUGGCAGGAGAGCAGAAAUUAUAUGUGGUUUGUAAAGUUAUCUGGAUUAAAGUUUACUUCUAGUUUCCCCUCGGCGUUGUAAACAUGUGUGAACAUUUUCCCACGUACAACUCUUAGCAGCAUUCAUUAAACGAUAGUUGUGUAAAUAUAUUAUCAUUGUCUUUCAAUAAAUUGUAUACUUGUUAAUACCGUGUUACAUUAUAAUGUCUUGUUAUGCAGGUAUUUUACUAAUAAAACACAUUUUGUAACCAUCUUCAA